AUGGAGGGGCUGUUCUACGCGAUGAGAGGUGAGUGGAGAGGAGGGGAGGUUGGGAAUGGUGUUGGGGGGGUAGACAGGGCUGCACGCUCCUUCUCGCCCCAAGCCGCCGUCUAUUCGACGAUCUGCAGUGGUGCUCGCGGCACCACCCCAUCGGCCACUGGGAUGCCAUGGCCGGCCCUGAUGAGUAUUUCAACUCCUCUCCACACCUCCCUCCUUGUACUAUCUUCUCAUCCCCUCCCUCCCUCCCAGGCUGCACACUCCUUCUCGCCCCAAGCCGCCGUCUAUUCGACGAUCUGCAGUGGUGUGCGAGGCACCACCCCAUCGGCCACUGGGAUGCCAUGGCUGGGCCCGACGAAUACUUCAUCUCCAAAUUCUUCCUCGACCGAGGGGUGCCGUGGACGCAUGUUCACAUGCGGAGUGCACGCUAGUGAGGGCCUCUUCACAUGUGCAGCCAUGGUGGGCCCCGAUGAGUAUUUCAUCUCCAAGUUCUUUCUAGAUAGAGGCGUGCCGUGGUCGCUCAUGCACAUGCGUUUCAUCUGGCUCGAUGGGGUGCCAUGGACACGCGUGCACAUGCGGUGGGUGGCGUUUCUUGGGCGUUUGGGAGCAAGGUUCGGAGCCAUAUCAUGGGUGGUGGAUGAGGCAUUAAAAGGCCAGGUGCCCCCCGUGUUCGGAGCCAUAUCAUGGGUGGUGGACGAGGCAUUGCAGGGCCAGGCCCCUCCCGUGUUCAUCCAUUACGUCAGUGAGAAGCCCUGGGUCGCCCCUGCUGGCCCCUCCACCGCCCCUGCUGGCCCCACUUCUACAGUGAAAACGUCUACACCUGCUGUGACUUCUACAGUGACUAAUUGGUCGGAUUUCUUAGUGUGGGACUCUAUAGCGGAGCAGGUGGUGGGGCUGCUGCAUGCAGCAGGGGAGGAGGAGGCAGGAGCUGCCAGCAGGCUGUUUGCGGGGUGGGACGCAAGGAGGAAGCUUCCUGUUGUGUUCCCAGAAAAGCAGGGUUGA